AUGUUGUCAGCUGAUUGGCGUUCAAUUAUUGGUGAGUGGGUUAACCUAGAAAUCGCGUUUUUUUGGCGAGACGCGCGCAUACUUUAGAUCUCCCCAUUCGAAUCUGUUAUCAUUUCCCUUUUCCUUUUCUUUCCCCUUUUCCUCUUUCCCUUUCCAAAACAGUUCUUUUGUCGAGGGGCAAAGUCCGAACUUUUCAGCGAUUUACACAGCGGUUCCCUCAGCGAAUUGUCACGCCUUCUCAUCUUGUAUUGUUUACUCACUUACCAUCAGCUACUGCCCGCCCCUUACCAUGACCGGGAAGGUGCGCGCGCCCGUCUCCAGUACGGUCCCCUCUUCUUGUUUCUGUUUCGGUGCACGCUGGGUUCGUCUUCGUUUCUACGCGUUUGCAAACUUGAUAAUCAAACAGUGAUUUGUGUGGCGUCUCUGAACAGAACAGUUCACUUUUGGGCAGCGACAUCGACUUCCCAUCUGCCGCCAUCCAUUACACAGUCGCAAGAUGUUUCAGUCCCUCUCUCUCUCCCCACUUUUCUCUUUGUUUCCUCCAAUUGGUUCGCUUGGUUAUAUUAUCGUUCUCGAACUUGUUUACAGCUUGAAACGACGAAUAGGCAACAAGGGAAGUGAUUGUACGGGACCUUUUUCGUAUCCCUUACUGAUCUUUGAAAAUUAGACAGAUAUUCUUUGAUCCUCUCUCCCGGGGUUACUGUAGACUCCCCGCUUUUACUGAACAUGGCGAUGAAAAAGCGUUUUUAUUUUUUUCCAAAAAAAAGGUAAAAGAUAGAUAGCGGCAAAAUCAGCAUAUCAAUAGCCGCCACAUCACAAUACCAAAACACCUGGUUUUUAACCUGCACCGAACAAAAACUUUUCGAAAAUUAAAAAAAUAGGACUUUCUUGAACACACCCAACAAGCGGUUUGCGGAAAAAUUUUCGGUUUUUUCUCGGAAUUUUCUGAAAUUUUAGGAAUAACUUUUCCACACACGCUGUAGACGUGUCCAAGAAAAUCUGUGGCCCCAGUUUUUUGCUGCUUCGAAAGGGCGAAGAGGGAGGGAGGGCAAAUGACGAGUGAAUAUCUUUUCUCGGGCACUUGCAAAUCACAUGCAAAGAGAGUGACACUGUCUGGUACAUAUGUAUGCUGUGGAAGUCUGUCGAAGGUUCUGGCGCGGGCCCCCACUUUCUUUAGCUCUCUCGGCAGUGAUGGUCGCACAACACGCACUCCCGUCGAGUCACAUUAGCCAACUCUAUGCAAAUCUAGUCUAGUUUCUCACUUUUUCUGACGUGUUCCCUUUCUCCUAGAAAUCAACAGUUGCCGUGUAACGUCAUUUCACGAACUAUUCUAUUUCAAGAGCCUUUUCUGCAAAAAAAAUGUUUCCCUUCGGCCUCCUCGGGCGUUUUCCUCAAGAUACCGUCUCUAUAGACCAUCAGCGCCCGCGGGGGCCGCAGCGUCGCCGUUCCUCAUGGUGCCAGGCGCCUUGAGCAAGUGCGAACCAUUUAUGAUUGUCGUUACUCUUUCCUCCGUGUGCUUAAGAUACUAAAAAGGCGAUAGGAGAGAGAGACACCGCUUGAUGCUCGUCGGGCCAUCAUCGGUGGGAAAAAAGAGACGAACAUAAGGGCAGGAAGAGGCUCAGUCUUCCGCCUUUCCUCGAUUUUUGUUGGGAAUCGACCUGAUCAGUUCCGAAAUUCGUGCUUUUUCGAAAAACGAAUAGAAAGCAGAAAUGCGAAACUGAACAGAAAUCAGCAUAUCAAUAGCUGCCACGGUGUCAGCUAUUGACUGCAGCUAUUUCAAUCGGGUUUUUGACCUCUGGUUUGAGAUCUAUGGCCGGGAGGAAUAAAAGGAAAGGGGAAGAGCAGCCUUUCUUCUCACUUUUCCAUUUCAAUCCUCCGGAAGUUCAUCGUUCCCCCACACAAAAUAAAGGGAAGGGUCGUUCACAUUUCUUCGUGAUUCCAAUAUCAAUUCCCAUGAACGGCCGUUCGUCUCGCUUCUCGCAUCGCCCACACAGAGCCCUCCCCCGCAAUGAAAUUUGCAUUAUUCAAUUUCGAUGGUUUUGUUUCGCGGCGAGCCUAUAAAACGAUUCGAUUCCCAUGCGAUCGGCAGUUGUCGGCCGAUUUCGAUCGAACACCGACCCGCUCGCUUUUCCCCUCUCUCUGCAGCUUCGGCUGCCUUCCCGUUUUCUUCCAAUCAUUACCAUUUCUACAGGCUUGUGCACAAGUCUUCGUGGGUCUACAUCUGCAACGAUGAAGUCGUCUUCUAUUGGUCGUGGACUCGUUCAGUCGAAAGCUGUCUCCAACCUCGCUACGUACCUGGAACAGCAAAUCAACGGAACCGAUGAGGAAUCUCUGAAGGAGAGGAACAUUCAGGUGAGGAAGAAGGCAAUGUUCACGGUCAAAUCGGUCUUCUAGGAGGUCGUGUCUUGCCCGCGUCCAACUGCUCCGCCACCGAAUUCGAAAGACUGGGUGUCUCCUCCGACCGUGAAGCCGGUCAGUUCAGAACUCUAAAAUCUCUAAAAACCCAUCAACUUUGCAGGCUCUCGUCUCUUGCCCGCUCCCGACCGCUCCGCCACCGGGACACAACUAUGGGGAAUUGUAUGGACCAUACGAGGCGAUCAUGAUGCAAGUCAGUUCUGAGAACACGUCCGAAAUAGAGUCUAGUCGAGGGAGCAUGCGAAAUCAAAAUUGACCGAUUUGAAGUAGAAACAGAUAGAACGUAUUGUAUUGUAGCCUAUCCUGUCUGGCCAGCUCCCGAUCACUCCGCCACCGGGACAACAGAUCGUUGUUGGCAUUUUUCAGCAGGUCCGUUUGAAAUUUCUGAGAGCGUUACUGCAACCGAGUAUUGCAGAUGCGGCAGAUCCGCGCCGCGACUGCUCCGGCAUCGGGGUUUGGGCUACUGAGCGCUGCUCAGACUGCCCAGCAGGUAGUUAACAUUAGAGCACUUAGAACGAACAAUAGUACUGCAGAUCCGCGUUUCAUCUGCUCGUGCAACGACUCCUCCGCCGGGGUUUGAGCUGCCGAGCGCUGCUCGGGGUGCUCAGCAGGUAGUUCCGAUUAAAGCGCUUGGAACGAACGAAAGUAUUGCAGAUUCCCGUUUCAUCUGCUCGUGCAACGACUCCUCCGCCGGGGUUUGAGCUGCCGAGCGCUGCUCGGGGUGCUCAGCAGGUAGUUCCGAUUAAAGCGCUUGGAACGAACGAAAGUAUUGCAGAUUCCCGUUUCAUCUGCUCGUGCUACAACUCCGCCACCGGGGUUUGAACAGUCGAGCGCUGCUCGGGAUGCUCAGCAGGUAGUUCCGAUUAAAGCGCUUGGAACGAACGAAAGUAUUGCAGAUCCCCGUUUCAUCUGCUCGUGCAACGACUCCUCCGCCGGGGUUUGAGCUGCCGAGCGCUGCUCGGGGUGCUCAGCAGGUAGUUCCGAUUAAAGCGCUUGGAACGAACGAAAGUAUUGCAGAUUCCCGUUUCAUCUGCUCGUGCUACAACUCCGCCACCGGGGUUUGAACAGUCGAGCGCUGCUCGGGAUGCUCAGCAGGUAGUUCCGAUUAAAGCGCUUGGAACGAACGAAAGUAUUGCAGAUCCCCGUUUCAUCUGCUCGUGCAACGACUCCUCCGCCGGGGUUUGAGCUGCCGAGAGCUGCUCAGGGUGCCCAGCAGGUAGUUCACAUCAGAGCACUUGGAACAAACAAAAGUAUUGCAGACCGGCGUGUCAUCUGCCCGUACAACCACUCCUCCGCCGGGGUUUGAGAACGGCAUCGCUCCGGUUAGUUACUCGUGAAAAUGAAAUAAAUUGGGUGUGUUCUUUGAUCGCGAAUACAUAAUAAUCAUUCUCGUCGAUUUAUGCAAACUGUGUGAACGUCUUGUCUAUUCGCAUUUGAAUUCUGCACCUUCUUAGGCUGCCGCCGCGCCGCUACCGGCCGUGGUGAACAACGAGGACGCGAUUUCUAUGCUGCUCGACAACGAGCCAAGCCGAAACUGGGUAAGAGAUCAAAGAUUCUAGCAAAUUGCGAUUGAUUGAGGCAAGAUUGACUGUUUCAGGCCUCCACACGUGAGGAAGAGUCGCGUAUUCGCUGUCUCGCCUGGUUGGUGGCGUGCUUCCCACGUGUAAGUAUCUAUUUAGCUCUAAACAGCUCACUUAUCACAUGUUUCAGUCGCCGAGCAGAAAGAGAGAGCCGCUUCUGGUUCUUCCGGGCGUGAGCACCGAGCCUCCGGUCAGUUUUAGACUAACUUUUCUAUUCCCCCGCGAGAAUUAAAAUUUUCACUCUUUUGUGUGUGUCUGUGUAACGUUGGUUUUGGUUAUAGGCAAAACUUGGAAGACUUUCGGAGUUCCGCGACACUAACAACAUGGUCAUCUCACUCUUCGGGUUCGACGUAUGUUUCCCCUCCCUCUCACGCUCGGGAUUCGAGAAUAUUCUGAACAAUGGUCAACGGGUAUUUUCUUCCAGAUGGAGAAAUUGAUCAAGAAAGAGCUGCGCAACCCGCUCCGAAAGUGUGGCGGAUUCUUGAAACGUCGGAACAACACGAACAACAGUGGCGCAGGAUCGUCCAGCUCUUGA